CCACCUGUAUUUGUUUUUCAAUUUGUUUGUCUUGUCCAUGAUGUUUUGAUGUACACAGGAGUGUAUACAUAUUUGCCUGGACUUAAAUUUGCCACCUUCUACAGCAGAGAAGCAUUAAAUGAAUGAUAUGGCCUCCUCCUCUUACGCCUCUACAGAGGAGACGACAAAUGCCUGUAGAGCCUGUCGACUUCUCUUGGGUCCAUGUACAGAUGAGUUACGUGAUGUUUUACUUCACCAUGUACCUCUACCAACAUUCACACAGGUCAUUAAACAAAAGAGGCGUAAUCUUCCCCGUCUGACGGCACCACAGAUGAAUCUUUUGUUACCUUUGGGCAGCAAUUAUACUGGAAACUAUGGUGACAUGGAUAUUCCUUUAUUGUACACACUGCUCAGAAACAUUUGUAGCAUAUCUCCACACAGCAAUGGCUGGGGAAAUGAUCCAGACCCUACAGAUCGAUCUCUCUCUGCCAACAUUGAGAGAAUCCGUAUUGCCAGAAAUCAGUGUGUACAUUCUUCUAUCCCCGUCCUCUCCAAUGCUGAUUUCAACACAAUCUGGUCCACUGUCAGAUCAGCAGUUGUGGACCUUGAUUCUUUCCUUAACAACGGGAACCAGUUUGAAAGAGCGGUAGACUUUUUAAGUCAUGAGACAAUGGAUCCUGUCCGUGACUGCCAUUACAUAGAAGAACUGAGGAAACAGGCUGAAGAAGAUGCAGAAACUAGACAAUUGGUCCAAGGACUGAAAGAAAAAUUGGAGGAGAGUGAAACGGAGAGAAAUGAGAAUCACAAUAAAAUACUGAAAAUUGUUGAUGAAAUAAAAAAACCAAAGUCUGUAAUCCCUCCAAAUGUCAAAGAUGUUUUUGAAAAAGAUCUCAUACGAUGGAAAGAGGAGGAUGGGGUUUACAGUGAAAGCCACGGGUUCCCUGCAAUGUUGGAUCAAGUCCGAAGUCAACCUUACAUGACAUUUGUUGGUGUCCCAGGCACAGGAAAAUCAGCAACGAUUCAUCACAUAGCCCUGAUACUCCAGAAGGAAGGAUACGAGGUUGUACCUAUUAUAGACAUCAGGAAGAUUGAAGAUUAUUCUGACUCUCGUCAUCCACAGGUUUUUGUCAUUGAUGAUGUGGUAGGUGUUUUAGGUCUGCAAAAACAAAAGUUAGAGUCAUUGAUAGACUAUGAAAAAAGAAUUUCAGAUCCGUCCAAUAGAAAUACAAAGGUAUUAAUGUCAUGUAGGGUAGCCGUUUUUAAUGAAUGUUACAAAUCAUUUUUCUCAAAUGAAAAUAACACAAUUAAGAUGCAUAGUUCCGAAAAUGUAUUGAACGAAGAAGAUAAGAAAGCGAUCCUUCAGAAACACGGCAUAGAUAGAGAGUUGUUGACCCCUGCAUUGCUGGGAGGAACAUUGGGUAUGUUUCCUCUGUUGUGUAAACUAUAUUCAAAAGAAGAGAAAUUUAGAGACAAUGUUGAAAGGUUCUUUACCUGUCCAGCUGAAUGUAUUUUAGGAGAAUUUGAUAAAAUGCAAGGGCGAAAUAGAUUAUACUAUGCUACAUUGGUUUUGUGCAUGUUAAAUGGCAAUAAACUUUCACAAGAAAUAUUGAAAAACACAGGAAACGGUGUUUUCUGCGAAAUGAAAUCGAAAGUACUAGAAAAAUGUAAAAUUGAAAAGGACACUGAUGCAUAUAAAUUUGAAGAAGCAAUGGGAGUUAUGGAGGGUACAUAUACGAAACUCUGUGGUGCUGAGUGUACAUUUAUUCAUGACUCUGUGUUUGAAAUUCUUGCAUAUCAUUUUGGUCAUCAGUUUCCAGAACUGUUUUUACAAUAUAUAAGCAGUAAUUACAUUGCUAAUAAAGUGAAAGUACAAGAAUGGAAAAAAGAAUCAGAGGUUGACAAUAAGCACGAUGAGAGUGAAGAAUUUAGUGUUGAAGAACAGGGAACAUUAAGUAGUGAUAUAAUCGAGGACUCGUUUGAACUCUGUAUACGGUUAAGAGAGGAUCAAUAUCCAAUGUUAGCAGAGCGUUUGUACAGAGAUAUAGAAAAUAUGGAACUGUAUGAUGUUUUUAUGAAUAAUGUUUUAAAACACCCCCGUGUUUGUCAGGCUUUUAUUGAGGUGUUAGAGAGAAAAUCGUACACAGAGUUAAAGUCUUUAUUUCUGUCCGAACAGAAAGACGUGUCCAAGGUAGUGAGUAAAAAAGAGCGUGUGAGUGAGGAGAGUGAGAAGACGGAAAAAAGGUACUGGGAGAGGUGUAGACAGCGUGUGUUGGUGUGUGAGAAGGGUUAUUAUAAAGAAAAUACAUACAGUGUGAGGGUUAUCAGUUGGGUGGUUUACUACGGACACAAUCAGAUCCUAAAAUAUAUUUUAAAACAAACUGAAUUACACAAAGAAACAAAGAUUGAACUAUUUUGGAAUUUCUGUAGCUCCAGUUUAAUAUAUGAAGCAAAAAAAAGCGAAAAUAACAUUGAAAAAAAAUUUGCAACAUACAAAUUAUCUUUACCAAACUCCAUUUGUAAUACAACAAAUAAAAGACAGGGCAAUAGACGGUCUGCUUUUGAACAUGACCGCUUAUUUGUAUUGAGUUGUUACAGUGGUGAUUUGGAGACUGUAAAAAUUUUAAUCAAGUAUGUCCAUAUAAAAACGACAAACAAAAACAACCAAUGUUUGUAUUAUGAUACACCACUGACUGCAGCAUAUAAAGGUGGACAUAUGAGUGAAGUGAAGAAGCUUAUAGGUGCCAUGUCUCAUUUCAAUCAACAAGGUGAGUUAGAUACGCCACUGACAGCAGCAUGUCAGGGUGGACACAUGAGUGUAGUAAAGGAGCUUAUAGAAGCCGGAGCUGAUAUCAAUCAACAAGGUAAGUAUGAUACACCACUGACUGCAGCAUGUAAGGGUGGACAUUUGAGUGUAGUGAUAGAGCUUAUAGAAGCCGGAGCUGAUAUCAAUCAACAAGGUGAGUUUGAUACGCCACUGACAGCAGCAUGUCAGGGUGGACACAUGAGUGUAGUAAAGGAGCUUAUAGAAGCCGGAGCUGAUAUCAAUCAAAGAGGUGAGUUAAAUACACCGCUGACUGCAGCAUGUCAGGGUGGACAUAUGAGUGUAGUGAAGGAGCUUAUAGAAGCCGGAGCUGAUAUCAAUCAAAGAGGUGAGUUUGGUACACCACUGACUGCAGCAUGUAAGGGUGGACACAUGAGUGUAGUGAAGGAGCUUAUAGAAGCCGGAGCUGAUAUCAAUCAAAGAGGUGAGUUUGGUACACCACUGACUGCAGCAUGUAAGGGUGGACACAUGAGUGUAGUGAAGGAGCUUAUAGAAGCCGGAGCUGAUAUCAAUCCUAAAGGUACGAAUGAUACACCGCUGACUGCAGCAUGUCAGGGUGGACACAUGAGUGUAGUGAAGGAGCUUAUAGAAGCCGGAGCUGAUAUCAAUCCUAAAGGUAAGUAUGAUACACCGCUGACUGCAGCAUGUAAGGGUGGACACAUGAGUGUAGUGAAGGAGCUUAUAGAAGCCGGAGCUGAUAUCAAUCAAAGAGGUGAGUUUGAUACACCACUGACUGCAGCAUGUCAGGGUGGACACACGAGUGUAGUGAAGGAGCUUAUAGAAGCCGGAGCUGAUAUCAAUCUACAAGGUAAGCGUGAUACACCACUGACAGCAGCAUGUAGGAAAGGACAUAUGAGUGUAGUGAAAGAGCUUAUAGAAGUCAGAGCUGAUAUCAAUCCUAAAGGUAAGUAUGAUACACCGCUGACUGCAGCAUGUAAGGGUGGUUAUAUGAGUGUAGUGAAGGAGCUUAUAGAAGCCGGAGCUGAUAUCAAUCCUAAAGGUAAGUUAUAUACACCGCUGACUGCAGCAUGUCAGGGUAGAUAUAUGAGUGUAGUGAAGGAGCUUAUAGAAGCCGGAGCUGAUGUCAAUCAAAAAGGUGGGUUUGAUACACCACUGACAGUAGCAUGUUGGGGUGGACAUAUGAGUGUAGUGAAGAAGCUUAUAGAAGCCGGAGCUGAUAUCAAUCAGCAAGCAGCAUUUAAGGGUGGACAUAUGAGUGUAGUGAAGGAGCUUAUAGAAUCCAUAGCUGAUAUCAAUGAAAAAGGUGAGUUUCAUAGACCACUUACAGCAGCAUGUGAAGCUGGACGUAUGAGUGUAGUGAAGGAGCUUAUAGAAGCCGGAGCUGAUAUCAAUCCUAAAGGUACGAAUGAUACACCGCUGACUGCAGCAUCAUGUAAAGGUGGACAUAUGAGUAUAGUGAAGGAACUUAUAGAAGCGGGAGCUAAUAACAAUAUGCAAGAUAAGUCAGAAUCACCACUGACAACAACAUUUUGA